AUGGUUCCUAAAAUGCAAUAUGUGCGAUUUGGUAAAACUGGAAUGUAUGUUUCCCGUUUUGCACUCGGUUGCAUGUCAUAUGGCUCAUCUAAAUGGCAACCUUGGGUUAAAGAUGAAGAAGAAUCGCUUCGACUUAUUGGAAAAGCGUAUGAAGCUGGUAUUAAUUUCUUUGAUACAGCCGAUGCAUACUCCAAUGGUGAAAGUGAACGUAUUCUUGGUAAAGCCAUCAAGAUAUUUGAUAUGGAUAGAGGUCGCAUCGUGAUUGCUACCAAAUGCUUUUUCGCUGUCAGCAAGGAUAUCUCAACUAAUACAUUAGGUUUAAAAUCACUCGAUGAUGAUAGUGACUCUAUUAAUAACUAUGGUCUCUCUCGUAAACAUAUCUUUGAUGCCGUAGAUGCUUCAUUAAGGAGACUUGGUGUAGACUAUAUCGAUUUAUAUCAAAUUCAUCGUUUUGAUCAUCAUACACCAAUUGAGGAAACAAUGGAGGCUCUGAAUGAUUUGGUUCGUUCUGGUAAAGUCAGAUACAUCGGUUGUAGCUCUUGCUAUACCUGGGAAUUCCAAAAGGCAAAUACGAUUGCAGAGCGUCAUGGAUGGACUCGAUUUGUCAGCAUGCAAAAUUGUUACAACUUGCUCUAUCGUGAGGAAGAACGCGAAAUGUUCCCUUAUUGUUUAGAUAGUGGCAUCGCUUGUAUCCCUUGGUCUCCUCUUGCACGUGGAUUAUUAACAGGAAAAUCUCGUCAGUCUGUUCGAUUAGAGAGCGAUCGUGGUAUUCAAUCCUUUUUCCUUGCAAGGAGAGCAAGUGAGAGUAAUGAAGCAAUUAUUGAUAGAGUAGUCAAGUUGGCAGAGAGAUUGGGUCAUAGCCCCGCUCAAGUGGCCUUGGCUUGGAUGUUGACCAAAAGCUAUUGUACUGCACCUAUUGUAGGUAUUGGUAAAGAGGAAAACUUGUAUGAUGUCAUUGGUGCUUUGGACGUGAUACUAAGUGAAGAAGAUGUCAAGUACCUUGAAGAACCUUAUGUUCCCCGUAACCUUAUUCCUAUGUAA